AAAACAUGAAAUGUCUUUGUUUUUAAUUUCACCUAAAUCACAUAACAAAACAUUUCACUUCAAGAAAACCACCUCUAUGUUUGUAUAGAUGGAUAAUUUAUAUUGUAAAAUAUAAUCAUGUUGUUCAGUCUUCUCUGCCUCUUUGAUACGUAACGUUACUGUUUUUGGAGAUUCAUUUCACCUUAUUGCCCCUCCACAGAAAACAUGGGACCUUUUUAAAAGAAAAACUUCAGGCAAGAAACAAAACUUUUAAAUUUUACAAAAUGCCGAAAUGCCUGUUUUAUUACUUAACUCACAUUGUUUACAGUAUAUAUACACAACCAGUAAAUGUAAACCAGUAAUGGAGUGAUGUAUUUCUAUAAAUACUAACACUGCUUGUCAGUUUGUAUCAUGUCAUAAUCUGACUCCUGUGAACCCCUCAUGGCUUUUACCAUGUAGCCCUCUAGUGGCUCAUUCGUGUAAAUACAUGUUCAGGCUGCAGCAAACUAGACUACUCGCACAGACAGUUCAGUUUUUAGAUAAGCCUGUUCAUCCUUUCUUGGUGCAAAUCGUUGAAGACCUCUGUAACGUCACCGGGAAAACCCCCCAACAGGAACCGCAAUGAAACGCCAGGAGUUUUAACUGCUAUCUGUUACACUUGGUGUCAACAGUGGUGUUUUCCCUUAAGAAAGUUGUUGGUCGCCGGCUGCCAUGUGAUCCGUGCGCCGAACCCGGCCAAAAAUGUCAACCGUGACUUGUAGCCUGUUGUCCGGUAAGCAACACCUCUCUUCCUCGGUGUCGUCCAACUGAACCGCAACACGUCGACUUUCUUUACCAGGCGGUCUUCCCCUCUUCUUAAAUUCAGCCUGAGUUUCCAGCGGAGUUAUCCGGUGAACAGGGAGUUUCAGCAGGGAGCAACAUGCGCUCCUUAGCGGGACUGGCUGCCGUCGUGGCGGCGGCAAGUGUCUACCUCUACCUGCUGUCGGCUCAUCUUCCCCCGGGACCGAAGCAAGUCCAGCUGGACUCGGAGGGGGAGGACGAGGGAGUCCAGGGGUACAGGUUGAAAUUCCCAUCGGAUCUUGAUGAGCUACGGGAGCUUGCAGAGAUGCUCAAGUUUUAUAAAAGAGAACAUCACGGCUACGUUCUGCUGCUGUUCUGCAGCGCCUACCUCUACAAACAGUCCUUCGCAAUACCUGGCUCCUCCUUUCUGAACAUAUUAGCUGGUGCGAUAUUCGGGCCCUGGGAAGGUCUGGUGUUGGCCUGCCUGCUCACCACGUCAGGCUCCACAUUCUGCUUCCUGCUCUCCUCUGCGUUUGGAAAGCAGUACGUGGUUCAGUUCUUCCCUGAGAAGGUGUCCCGGCUGCAGAGGAAGGUGGAGGAAAAUCGUAGCAGUUUGUUCUUCUUCCUCCUUUUCCUUCGUUUCUUCCCUAUGACUCCUAACUGGUUCCUUAACAUCACCUGUCCUGUCCUCAACAUCCCUAUGCCCAUUUUCUUCUUUUCUGUGCUAAUAGGUUUGAUCCCCUACAACUUCAUCUGUGUUCGUACGGGCUCCAUCCUCUCAGAGAUCUCCUCUCUGGAUGAUAUAUUCUCCUGGGGGACGCUGGCCCAGCUCCUGGCCAUCGCCCUCAUGGCUCUCGUGCCUGGAGCGCUGAUCAAAAAGUACAGCAAAGCUCACCUCAAGGUGGACGGCAUGGACAGUAAUGGAUCCAGUCAGGCUGAAAUCAAGCAGGACCGGAAGAGACAAUGAUUCUGGGAUGAAAGAGGAAUCGCCUGGUUUGGGAAUCCCAAACAAGACAUUGUGUUAGCAGAACUAAGAUGGAAAAAACUCUCUCCACUGGUGGGUAUGUGACCUUUUGUCUUCUCCAGCCUCGUGAUUUCUGUAAGGUCACACCAAAGGCUAAUCAUACUCAUAGUAUGAUAUGUAGUUUGAAAAUGUCUUCAGGUCACGUUACUUUAAGAGUGCAGUUUCCCAAUGAUCUCUCAGUGCUAUUACACAGAGCUUAAGUUGCAGGGGAAUUGUUUGAGAUGGAUAAGGUCUAAGGUCCGCGGAUGGAGCCCAAAAGGUGAUUUGUACACUAUAGAGCUCUGUACUGAACACAGAAACACUAAGUCCCUAGUUUCUUUUAAAUCACUUCUUAAAAUGUUUCUCUUUGUGAAAGCUUUUGGAAAUAUUUCAUGUUUUUUUUAUUUAUACUGUUUUUAUUUCUAUUUAUUUGAUUAUAUUAAUUUUCUUGUCUGUGCAUAUGUCCUUUGGCCUUUUUAUCUCAUUUGAUCUAUUUUUCAUGUUUUUAUUUCUUUUUGUGAAGCGCUUUCUUAAGGAAGUUGGAAGGUUUAAUGUCUUAACACAGGAAUGAUGACUUCUCCAAACUAUAUCUUCAGUUUCAGUUAAUCAUUGAGAUAUUGUGGAAAUAUAUAAUACUCACUGACCUGGUCAUCCUGUUUCCAUCCCAGAGCCAACCAAAGGCUGCCUACCAUGCUGCAUCUGUUGUGCAUCAUGAUGUUGUUCUGCAUUUCUUUCUCGGUCCGCCAUGACUGCAGUUAUAAAUUGGCUGACCUUCUGUCAAAGGUGUUGCCAUUGUGCCAAGUUAUCACUAGAGCUUUAAAAGUAAUUUGCAGCGUAUAAUAAAUAUGUAGUGUAGAGCUGCAUAGGAAGCCCCACUUGACCCUGUUGUGGAGAUAUCUGCUCUGACUUAAACACACUGGAUAUCCUCACAAACCUUUGCCAAUUUAUCUGUCUGCUUAUUAUUUGUCUGCUUUUGAUUAUGGAGAUCUGACAAUUAACCAGCUAGUCAAUAUUGUUAAUGUCUUCUCCUUACAUAUGUUUACUGAGUAACUCAGUUUCCAGCCAUUAUGGUUUCCAUGCAGAAAAAAUGUUUCAGCACGUUUGGACAUUUAAAUGUCUUAAGAUUGAGUAUGUCUGUCUUUUCCUAACAUCACUUAUACAUGUGUGUUAAUGUAGCUGUGGUUGCAUUCACAGAUGAGUUUUAUAGUAGCAGAUCAGGUGUGAUCUUCUCAUGAUGGGCUCAACAAAGAGGACACAAAAUGUAUUUGAACACCAGCCUAUUGUAAUUUGGUCCUUUUCUGAACUCAUUUGCUUGAGUUAGCAGCUCAAUGAACUGUGCUAAAACACAAGUGUGUCCUCUUCUAGUCUUACAGUUUUGUAUAUUUUCCUAAUGAUAAUAACCAGUUACUCUUUGACCUUUACCCAGUAAGGGCCUGCACUACAUCACAUUUAUAGUUACACACAUUAUCACCUAGUUGCUGCCAAGCCCAAUGAGUAGGCUAUUUUACAGUAGCCAUCAGUCUGUGCAGUCAUCAGUCAGUUUAAAGUGCUCCCAGGACUUCAUUUUGUUUGCCCUUUGAUGUGAACUGGAGCAUUGCUGUCAGCACAGGUCAGGCGCAAAAAACCCCUCAAUAAUCAAAUUUCAAAAUUGAAAAAAUCGAUUGUGUACCCAAUGAUCGAAUAUUCGGGUCCAGCCCUAGUGAACAGAUAAGGCAAAUUUCCUAGCUCAAAAGCACCUGGACAUCACGAGGCAUAUGUUGCAGUUGUUCAGAAGCAGGUAAUUCAUAUGUAUGUAUGUGAUAAGCCAGUGGAAAUUAGUGUACAUUGUGGCUUGGUCCUUUCAUCUUCCAAAAGAAAAGCAUAGCUUUCUAGUCUGGUAUGAAGUUACUUUUUAAGAGUAUUUAAGAAGUCGUAAGAAGAUCACAUCUUGCGCUCUUGUGAAUAUGAGCCUUUAACUUAGUGUGGUUUUGCACUUUAUGUGUGUUGCUGUCAGUUUAACUGAUUAACUGCUGCAGGUGUAAAAGUCUGGAAUUCAACCAUUUAUUUUUUUAAAGUCAAUGUUUUGCAGAGCAGAGAAACAUAAUACCAUCAAAGUCUAGCCAUCAAAAAGUCAAAAAGACAAAAAGACCCAAAGUGCCAAAUAUCCUGUUUGCAUGUGCUGUUCACUUUCCAACAGCUGAAUAACACACAUUCAGGUUUUCUGUCAGCAUAGUGUAGUAAAGUCUAAAUACAGUGGCAAGAAAAAUAAUGGGGGUUUUUUUGUUGACAGUGUUGCUUUGUUUAGGUUCCUUUAGUUUAGUUUCUUUUCUCUUCUUUGACCAAAAAAGGUUAAAGAAAAAACUACUCCUAUCUGCUCAGGGGAGACAAGAUCUUUUAAAAACACAUGUGCACAAUGCAUUUUUUGUGUGUAAAAAUGUAAUAAAAUGUCUGUAAUGUCUUUACAGUUGCUUCUAUUGUUGCAGUCAGAAUCAAUAAUUGGUUGUGUAGUGACAAAGUGAAACAUGUGGGAUUUUGGAUGCAAGUAGUAGUUUAUUUGUGCCUUUCUUAUGGCCACACAGUCAUUGACCCUGAUUGACUUACAGCAACAUUUUUAAAACAGAACAUACACGGUUACAUUGAUCUUGUCAACCAACAACACAGUCACACCUUUAUUAAAGUUUGUCUUGUU